AUGCAUGUACCCUACCGACUCCUCCUCCUGGCUGCUUUUGCCGCCGCAUCCGUCUCGGCCAAUACUAUUGACAACCAGGAGAACCUCGUUGAGUCGGCUCCCAUAGUCGGGUCUGCAGACGGUGCAAGCGUCUCCGAUGUCACAGAGCGCGAGGAGGAGUUUGCCAUUGAACCGCAGCCGACUCGUGCCCCGACAGAUGCUCCGACAGAACCUCCCAUUGUUGCACCGGCUCCGGACAACUCCGUCACCAAUCCCACUGCAGAGGACGCGCCCGUGGAAGCUACGAGUCGUGCGUCUGUGGUGGCCCCCACGGCCUUUGCGUUCGUAUCGGCAACCGUCGUCUACUGUAUGCUCUAA